UUGUCUGUCUUGCCUUCAAGUUUUAAGUGCAUUUGUUUUGGCUUUUAUGACUUUGUUGACCACUUUUGCAGCCUUUUUUGGACUUGUAAUGCUUUUGGGAAUGGUAAACGAUAAUGCAGCCACCUGCACUGGAUCUGAUGCAGACCGAGUAUAUUACUGCAAGACGUUUCAGAAAGAUUACAGUGAAGGCACCAAGACCCUUAUAUUUGAAGAAAGGAAUGUUGGCUUGAUUAAUUCCACAGUGUUUUCCAGUCCAACCUUGAAGUCUGUUGUUACCCUCACACUCACCGGAAGUAAAAUUCGCACCAUUGAAUCGGGAGCCUUUGAGCAGUUCUCAUCACUAAUCACUCUUGAGCUUCAGAACAACAAGCUAACAACUCUAUCGCCCUCUUGGUUUCACGAUUCCACAGUUUUGGAGCAGCUCAAUGUGGCUGGAAAUGUGAUUCACCAGUUGCGUCCUGGUAUGCUGGAGGGAUAUUCUGGUUUGAAAGUUCUGAAUCUCAGCAGGAAUGAAAUCGUCAGCAUUGAAAGUGGGAGCUUUGCUACCCUGAGCAAACUGUCAUCUCUGGAUUUGUCCUACAAUAGGAUUUCAUCGCUUGAACGUAAAGUGUUCACUUCCAUGAAUGCCACUUUGAAAUUGCACGGGAAUCCAUGGAACUGCUCCUGUGAGCAGAAAGAUUUCAUACUAUUUUUACAAGAAUUAGUUAACGCUUCCAGAUUGAAUGACUCCACCUUGGUGACUUGCCACUACCCACCAGACCUCAACGGAAUGAUUGUGUGGAAUGUUUCUGAAGUGAAUUGUUCAGCGUCUGUUUUAUCGCCGCCUUCUACAAAGAUUUUUCACAAAAUUGUGCUACCUGCUCUGUUCGUAGUUUUAGGUGAGUGCGUAUUUUUGCCGAGACAGAUCGGAUCACUGUUAUGUCUUUGCCCAUAAAAGUCUAAAAAAAAUCCAAAAGCAGUUUGAAUCAAGUCAAAUGCAGGUCAAAACGAUAUAA